AGAAGAGAGAGAGAGAGAGAGAGAGAGAGGGAGAAGAGGUUGGUAGUAGUAUUGAAACCUUGGAUAUACAAAAACAUCAAAUGAAGCACAGAGAUGGCUCUAAUACCGACAACAAAGUCCAAGAUCAGUAAUCUUCUGAGCAUCUUAACAGCAACCCACAAAACGCCCAGUUUGGCUUCUGCUUCGUACUCUAAUGGCGCUGCGAGAAAGUUUCGGGUCGCUCCAUUUGGAGGUUCGGGUCGGUCAUUAUCGUCCUCGGUAGCUCCUCUGGAGUCGGACAUGGUGAGUUUGAAGGAUUACGAGGAGUAUAGGAAGGCUCUGUAUGGUGGCAUCACUCACAAGGCUCUCUUGGUUGAUGCUGUUGGCACUCUUGUUCUCCCCUCUCAGCCCAUGGCCCAGAUCUAUAGACAGAUUGGUGAGAAAUAUGGCGUUCAGUACUCAGAAACUGAGAUAUUAAACAGAUAUAGGAGGGCUUAUGAGCAACCUUGGGGUAGAUCUCGACUCAAGUGAUUUAUUGUCCUUGACAAGUUUGAACAUAUCAUUGCUAGUUU